CAAACCCAGCAGCUUCCUUCCUCUCUUAAAUACCUCUCUUUUCUUCUAAGAUCAAGACCGUACUGUACUUUCCUCUAACCCAAAAAAAAAACUUUGUUUCUCCUUCUCAUCCUCUUCAAAACACAAAAAUGCGUAUGAGCUGUAACGGAUGUCGAGUUCUUCGAAAAGGCUGCAGUGAAAACUGUAGCAUAAGGCCUUGUCUUCAAUGGAUCAAAUCCGCCGAAUCUCAAGCCAACGCCACCGUCUUCCUCGCCAAAUUCUACGGCCGUGCCGGCCUCAUGAACCUCCUUAACGCCGGUCCCGACCACCUUCGUCCUGCGAUAUUUAGAUCAUUGUUGUACGAAGCAUGCGGGAGGAUAGUGAAUCCGAUUUAUGGAUCCGUCGGGUUAUUAUGGUCCGGGAAUUGGCAUCUUUGUCAAGCAGCCGUAGAGGCGGUGAUGAGAGGCUCUCCGGUCACUCCAAUCGCCUGCGACGCGGCGGUUACUGGUCAAGCUCCUCCUUUUAACAGCAGCAAGCUCUUCGACAUAAGACAUGUGUCGAGAGACGAGAACGCCGUGAAGAGUCGGUGCCGGUCGAGUCGCGGUGCAAGCAAAGAAGAGAGAAACGUGAGGUCGUCGCUGAGUCACGAGUCGUCUCUGAGUCACGAGUCAACAGUAGUGAAGGAUGAAGGGAGUAUGGUGUCUUCGGAGGGGACGACGGCGGAUGAACCGAGUUGGAUCGGGCUUGAGCUGACUUUGGGGUUGGAGCCGCCUGUGGCACGUGGGAAUCACGUGGUGCCAAUGAAGAAACGGAAGUUAGAGAGGUGUAGCACGUGCGAGGAUGAGGAAGACACGUGUAAGAUUGAGCUUGGACUUGUGUGCAGCGAGUGAUAAAUGAAUGGUAUGUUUUUUGGCUGGUCUUAGAAGUUUUUUUUGGGUACUGUUGUUGAGUUUUAGGUGUACAAAUAGAUAGAGAUUAACGAAUCUCUCUCUCUCUUUUAAGUUUGUUUUUGUUUGUUCACUGUUUUGCAUGUUCGGUGUUCUUCAUGAAUAUGUGUAAGAUAAAGAGGUCUUAACUUAACAAAAUUGCAAUCUUCAGAAAUCUAUACGGAG